AUGGCAAGAGAAUUUAAUGCUCCUCCGGUGAUAUUCCCCUCCGGCGGAAAUCCUGGUGCAGGAAUGGGUCCCGGCGCUACGCAACGUCGUGCAACGGCGCCGUUUCCGUCGAAAACGACAAAUCCCAUCCCCUUCAUGGCAUUCGAUGUGUCAAACGCUCCCGCUUCCACAUCUUUCCCCCCUACGCAGUUCGCCCCGGGCACAAUCGGCGGUGGAGGGACCGGAUUCGAAGACGAACCGCCGCUCCUCGAAGAACUCGGCAUCAACACCAAGCAAAUUUAUCAAAAGACUGUCUCCAUCCUUAACCCUUUCCGCAUAAAAUCUGAUCUUCACAACAACGCGGAUCUAUCCGGUCCUUUUCUGUUCCUUAUGGCCUUCGGUUUGUUUCAAUUGCUUGCCGGGAAGCUCCAUUUUGGGAUCAUUUUGGGUUGGGUUACAGUCGCUUCUCUGUUUAUUUACGUGGUCUUCAAUAUGCUCGCGGGGCGGAAUGGGAACCUGGAUUUGUACAGGUGUCUAAGCCUGAUUGGGUAUUGUAUGUUGCCGAUUGUGAUGUUGUCGGCGGUAGCACUGUUCGUGCCCCAAGGUGGGAUGGUAAUUAUGUUGAUGUCAGGGGUUUUUGUGAUAUGGUCCACUAGGGUUUGCACUAGGCUGUUGGUUGAGCUGGCUUCUUAUGGAGAUGAGCACCGUGGAUUGAUUGCUUACGCAUGUUUCUUGAUUUAUUCUCUCUUCUCUCUGUUGGUGAUGUUUUGA